UUAAUAUCCUAAAAUGAGCUCAAAAAACGGAUGGAUAGUGCGGAUUUCUCGCAAAACAACGGUGGGUCCACUUAGGUUUCCAGCGCAGGAACUUCCUGCGGAAGGCUUUCUAAGUAAAUCUACGUCCAUCUCCUCGUAUAUAGAAUAGAAACGAGGGUAAUCUCACAAAAAACACUUCCUUCCCUCCACAAAGCCUUCUCUCCUUCCGACUCCUUCCAAUGACUGCUACUUCUCCAGCAACGACCAAACUCUCCUUCUCUUCUACAGAAAUACCCCAUCUAUCCUCUUCUUCCCCAAAACACCCCUCCCUCGCCCCAUCCCCUUUCCUCAAAACCCCCCAAACCCUUUUUCCAUUACAAAAACACCCCUCCCUCUCCCUCCACCACCCCUCCCUUCCUUUCAAGCCCUCCUCCAAAAACCCCAUCUCAGAUUUCUUCCCAUCCGACGCGUCGGACGACAAACCCCGCGAAGAAUGCGGCGUCGUCGGCAUCUACGGCGACCCGGAAGCUUCCCGCCUCUGCUACCUCGCCCUCCACGCCCUCCAACACCGGGGCCAGGAAGGCGCUGGAAUCGUAUCCGUCCACAACAACCUCCUCCAAUCCAUCACUGGAGUAGGCCUCGUUUCCGAAGUCUUCACCGACUCAAAGCUCCACCAACUCCCCGGCUCCUCCGCCAUCGGCCACGUCCGCUACUCCACCGCCGGCUCCUCCAUGCUCAAAAACGUCCAGCCCUUCGUCGCCGGAUACCGCUUCGGCUCCGUCGGCGUCGCUCACAAUGGCAAUUUAGUAAAUUACCGCACCCUCAGGGCCAUGCUCGAAGAACACGGCUCCAUCUUCAACACGAGCUCCGACACGGAAGUCGUCCUCCACCUGAUUGCAAUCUCAAAAGCUCGACCUUUCCUGCUUCGAAUCGUCAGCGCCUGCGAACAGCUCGAAGGCGCCUACUCGAUGGUGUUCUUAACAGAAGACAAGCUCGUCGCCGUGCGAGACCCAUUCGGAUUCCGGCCACUGGUAAUCGGCCGGAGAUCGAACGGCGCAGUUGUAUUCGCGUCGGAAACGUGCGCUCUCGAUCUCAUCGAGGCGAAAUACGAGCGGGAAGUUAAUCCAGGAGAAGUUCUCGUCGUCGACGCUGACGGAAUCAGCUCUCUCUGCCUACUUCCCCACCGCGACCGGAAGGCCUGCGUCUUCGAGCACGUCUACUUCUCCCUUCCAAACUCCAUCGUCUUCGGCCGCUCCGUCUACGAGUCUCGCUACGCCUUCGGUCAGAUCCUCGCCACCGAAGCCCCCGUCGACUGCGACAUCGUCAUCGCCGUCCCCGAUUCCGGCGUCGUCGCAGCGCUAGGGUACGCCGCCAAAGCCGGCGUACCUUUCCAGCAGGGGCUUAUACGAUCCCACUACGUGGGCCGUACGUUCAUCGAGCCAUCACAGACAAUACGCGAUUUUGGGGUGAAGCUCAAGCUCGCGCCUGUCCGGCGAGUUUUGGAAGGGAAGAGAGUCGUUGUCGUCGACGAUUCGAUCGUUAGAGGCACGACGUCGUCGAAGAUUGUGAGGCUGUUGAAGGAGGUAGGAACGAAAGAGAUUCAUAUGAGGAUUGCAAGCCCGCCCAUCAUCGGCUCCUGCUACUAUGGAGUCGAUACGCCUAGUUCGGAGGAGUUGAUUUCGAAUUCGAUGAGCGUUGAGGAAUUGAAGGAGUUUAUUGGGUCUGAUUCGCUUGCUUUUCUUCCAUUGAAGAAAUUGAGGGAAUUGCUUGGAGAUGAGGGGCCGGGAUUUUGCGAUGCUUGCUUUUCUGGGAAUUAUCCUGUUUUGCCGAAGGAGUCGAAGGUUAAAAGGGUGGGAGAUUUCGUGGAUGAUGGAUUAAAUGGAGCCGUUGAUGUGGGGUGGACAGAGGCAGUUGUAAAUCAGAUGGGGUUGAAGUAUAAUGGGCCGUUUCCUUCGGGAGAGGAUUAGGUACUGUGGGGCCCACCUUGAUGAAUGUGUUGUAUAUCUAGGCCGUUCAUCCGUUUUUAGAUCUCAUUUUAGGGGUUGAUUACAAAAGUUAAGUAAAUCCAAAUCUCAGGUGGACCACAUCACUUGAAACUGUUGUGAUCAAGAUGGUCUUUGUAUUUGCACUUCAUUCGGGUGUGUUUGAGCUUAUCAAGUGGUUGGAUGGCAAAUAAACGUUACGGUGGGGACUAGGUAGUUUUAAUGGUAGGCAUACAAUCAUGACUGUUUCGUGUGGUGUGGUCCAACGGAGAUUUGGAUCUGCUUGAAUUUUGGGAUUUACUACUAAAGUGAUAUGGAAAAACAGUUGGACAGUGUGGAUGUAUAACACAUUCAUCAAGGUGGGAUCACUUUCAGGAUUACACCCGGUAACACGCAAUCCGUUGCCGUUUCCAA